GCUCUUUUUCCCUUCCACGUGGGGACGCAGGAUGGCGGCGGUGGUGGCGGACGAGGCGGCGACGCGCGACGUGCAGCGACUGCUAGUGCAGUUCCAGGAUGAGGGCGGGCAGCUGCUGGGCUCCCCAUUCGACGUGCCCGUGGACAUCACCCCGGACAAGUUGCAGCUCGUGUGCAACGCGCUGCUGGCCCAGGAGGAUCCCCUGCCACUGGCUUUCUAUGUCCAUGAUGCCGAGAUCAUCUCGUCUCUGGGGAGGACACUGGAGUCACAGGCGGUGGAGACAGAGAAGGUCCUUGACAUCGUCUACCAGCCACAGGCUAUCUUCAGGGUUCGUGCUGUGACCCGCUGCACCAGCUCCUUGGAGGGUCACAGCGAGGCAGUCAUUUCUGUGGCCUUCAGCCCUACAGGAAAGUACCUGGCCAGUGGCUCUGGAGACACUACUGUGCGCUUCUGGGAUCUCAGCACUGAGACACCACGUUUCACGUGCCAGGGACACAGACACUGGGUCCUUAGCAUAUCCUGGUCCCCAGACGGCAAGAAGCUGGCUUCAGGCUGCAAGAAUGGCCAGAUUCUCCUGUGGGACCCAAGCACAGGGAAGCAAGUGGGCAGGACCCUUGCCGGCCACAGCAAAUGGAUCACAGCCCUGAGCUGGGAGCCCCUCCAUGCCAACCCCGAGUGCCGCUACGUGGCCAGCAGCUCCAAGGACGGUAGCGUGCGGGUCUGGGACACGGCUGCGGGCCGCUGUGAACGCAUCCUCACUGGGCACACACAGUCAGUCACCUGUCUCCGGUGGGGAGGGGACGGGCUUCUCUACUCCGCCUCCCAGGACCGCACCAUCAAAGUCUGGAGGGCUCAUGAUGGCGUGCUGUGCCGGACUCUGCAAGGCCAUGGCCACUGGGUGAACACCAUGGCCCUCAGCACCGACUACGCCCUGCGCACGGGGGCCUUUGACCCAGCCGAGGCCUCAGUUAACGCCCAAGACCUCCGAGGGUCCUUGCAGGAGUUAAAGGAGAGAGCUCUGCGCCGCUACAGCCUCGCGCGGGGCCGGGGCCCAGAGAGGCUGGUGUCUGGCUCAGAUGACUUCACCCUGUUCCUAUGGUCCCCGGGAGAGGACAAGAAGCCCCUGGCACGGAUGACAGGGCACCAGGCCCUCAUCAACCAGGUGCUCUUCUCCGCGGACUCGCGCGUCAUCGCCAGCGCCUCCUUUGACAAGUCUAUCAAGCUGUGGGAUGGCAGGACGGGCAAGUACCUGGCCUCCCUGCGUGGCCAUGUGGCUGCCGUGUACCAGAUUGCAUGGUCGGCCGACAGCCGGCUCUUGGUCAGUGGUAGCAGUGACAGCACACUGAAGGUGUGGGAUGUAAAGGCCCAGAAGCUGGCCACAGACCUGCCAGGCCAUGCGGAUGAGGUAUACGCUGUCGACUGGAGUCCAGAUGGCCAGAGAGUGGCAAGUGGUGGAAAGGACAAAUGCCUCCGGAUAUGGAGGAGAUGAGAAAUCCCAAGGAUCCCCACCUGGACUCAGCCUCUGCCAGCUGCCUGCCCUGAUGGAGACCAAAGGCCGGG